CGAAUAAAAUCCGAUAAUAAAUAAACAAGGUUGAUUAAUUUUUAUUCAUUUUUAAUUUCAAUUUAUAGUAAUGGGAAAAUUAAAGUAAUAUCUAUUUUAAACUUUCUACUUAGAAAUGUUAUUGUCAAUAUUGGGAUACGAUUGGGAAUAUUUGUAUAAUAUUUACUUGCAAAUUUUGUCAGAAGUUUUAGUUUAUGUGAAAAAUUUUGCAUUGUACAUUUGUGCAUGGGUGUUAAGUUAUUUACUAGUAUGUGGUGCUGUAUAUCGACGGUACGCUCGAAAGCUUCCGACAAGAAUUCGCGGAGCACUCGGAGCGAAGAGAGUGCUCAUAGUUAUCGCACACCCAGAUGAUGAAUGCAUGUUUUUCGGACCAACGAUCUUUAGAUUGUGUGAACAGGGUACCGACGUGCAUAUACUAUGUUUGUCAAAUGGUAAUUUUGAAGGUAAAAGUCAAGUUAGGCGUAAAGAACUUUGGUCAGCUUGCCAAGAACUAGGAGUACCAGUUGAAAAUAUCUGCCUGAUUAAUGACACAAGACUGCAAGAUAGCCCUAAAGUACAAUGGCCUGUGCCUGUUAUUGCUAAGUUAAUACAUCAUCAAUUAGAAUCUUUAGCAGUAGACACACUGGUUACGUUUGACAGAGGAGGUGUAUCUUCUCAUCCUAAUCAUUCAGCAGUAUUUUAUGCUGUUGCUUUCAUGUUCGUCGAAAAGAUUAUGCCUCAAAAAUGUACAGUUUACACAUUAGAUUCAGUAAAUAUAUUGAGGAAAUACAUGGGCUUCUUAGAUCUACCACUCAGUUUCAUUUUGUCUUCCAAAAGAUAUUUUCUGCGAUGGACAGAAAGCAGAAGAAUAGUCAGAGCCAUGAAACUCCAUUCCUCACAAAUGGUGUGGUUUAGGUAUCUGUAUGUGAUGUUCUCCAGGUACAUGGUAAUAAAUACACUAAGGAAAGUUAAUUUGGUUGAUAUUGAACUUGAACUAGAAGUUGAUGAUUGAAUAAUAUGAUUAGAGUAUCUGUUUAAAUUGCAUUGGACAUUGCUGCAUCAAAGAAGCUAUCAAAAUACACAAAAUCAUAUACAAUGAAUUGAUCUCUUAUUCCAAUUAAAGUUUUUUUUUGUGACAGUUUAGUUAAUUAGGAAAAUUUUAUGUGUAAUUUAAGAUAUUUUUUUAUUCAAUAACUGAGGGGUGGUGAGCAACCUUUUUAAUCAAUGGGCCAAUUUAAGUUUAAUUUUUUUUGGUGGGCAGCACAUAUUUUAACUUAUAUUAAUAAUUUAAGGAACUUAAUAUUUUUAUUAAAAACAAAAGCGUAUCCUUGCAAUAGGUUACUGUUUUCUGUAUCUAAUAUGGCAAUAAAACUGUAAUCUGUUCAGAACUGAAUAAAUAGGAAUAUUGAAAUAUAUUCUCCCAUAUGGUAGUCAAAUAAAAAAAUAUAUAUACACAGAUUUGUUCAGGAAGUCACGACAUGAGAAGAGAGGAUACACAACACAAGCAUUAGAGAAUAUCUAUAGAUAGGAUCACAAAUUAAUUUACAAAUUCACACAAGUUAUAAUAUCUAAUUUUUUUUUCAAUAAAGCUCUCUAGUUUUUAAUAAUGUUUAAUGUAACCAUUUGAUUAUUUUCUGUGAUCAUAAAAUGAAGACAGGAUGUUAAAUAAGUAGAAAUAAAAUAUGACCCUUGUAUGGUCAUUUUGGGCAAGCCUCCGACAAUAUGGACUGACAUACUUACCUAUUGAAGCUCAAGGGAACCUGACGAAUCUGGUCAUUGUGAUGGACCUGCAGGAAGGCUAUAUCCAGCAGUGGAUGUCUGUAGACUGAUGAUGAUUGCAUCCAAUUAUAACAACAAAUGGUUCAAGUUGAAUUUAUAGUAUAAUUAUUUAGUACAGUAAAUUAAUUGUUUUUUUAAACUAAUGGAACCAAUCGUUUUCAAGACCUAAAUGUACAAAUUCUAAUAUUGAGUUACGCCUUCAAAAUAAGAUUUUAAAACUUUUAAACUUACUCAACCAUCAUGCCUGUGUAAUUGAAUUUAUGUAAGUCAGUAGUUCUUGAUCAUUUUUAACUAAGUCGUGUUAAUUGGUUAUAAAUUUGAAAAUUAUACUCAGAAUAAUUUUGUUAUUUUAAUCUCCUAUAACACAGAUAGUUUUCGUUGGAUUCAUUAAAUUAACGAAAAAAGCUUGCUGUUGGCCUUUUGACUAUUUCAAUAUUUUCCAAACAGGUAUUUGUAUGCUUUUGUUCAAAUAACAACUUAAUUCUAAGAAUCAUUUAAUUAACCAUUGAAAUUAUUGAAUAAAUAUGUGAAUUAAAAUUAGGUAUUUUA